GGAGGCGCGCUGGAGACUCGGGGGAGGCGGCCGAGCGGGCGCCGGCGCCAUGGACCCGGUCAUCAUGCAGGAACUGGCCCACGCCGAGAGCCAGCGAGACGCUGCCUCCCUGAAGAAAGCCUACGAGUUGAUCAAGUCUGCCAGUCUGGGGACAUCCGAGUUCGACCCCUCGGAAAGCUUCAGCCCAGACCUGUUUGUGUUGUGUGCAGAACAGGCCUUCAAGAUGGGACAGCCAGACGUGAGCGAGGACUGCCUUCGGAUGUACUUCAAGGUGAAGGCGCCGGUCACCCAGUUUCUAGGCCGAGCACACCUGUGCAGGGCCCAGCUGUGUGCCCCGAGGUCAGCAGAAAACCUGGGCACGGCGUCCUGGAGCUGUGAAGCAGAAUGUGGAGCCCUCCUGGGGAGGCGGCUGGAGAAUGCUGGGCUGCAGGGCUCUUGGGGACCCUGCACGGAGUCAAAGGAGGUCUUGCUCAGCGGUGCAUUUUCCUGGGGAGGGUGGAGACUGAUCAGUUUGCAGAAUGACUCACUGAAGGCCCAGACCCAAGGGGCUGUGCCUGGGUCACCGCAGCUGGGGCCAGGCGCGUUUAAAGCAAGGCUGCCCCCGACACGGCCCUGGCCCUGCAUCCUGGUGCUCCUGCAGGUCAGGCCGAAGCUUCUCAGACGGGGCUGCUGCCAUCUGCUGGAGACAGAGAGAAUGCAGGUUCCCUUCGGCAGGGAGCCCCGAGGGUUCGCGUCUCAGCCUGAGGUCUUGACCGUCUCUGCAGACUUCCCCUUCUUGCGUUGCAGGUAUUACUUUCUGGUCUACAACGCAUCAGUCCUCUACUGGCAAAUGGUGAGACCGUUUCUUAAGCCUGGAUGUCGUCACCAUCUGAUCCCCAGCCUCUCCCAAAUUGUAAACGUGUUAAAUCAAACCGAGGAAGAAGACAAGGAGUGGCGUGCUGAGCUGAUGCUGGAACUUCUUGAGUGCUACCUGCAAGCUGGAAAAACAGAGGAGGCAGCUAAAUUCUGUUCCACUGCAGCCCCCUUCAUAAAAUCCAACGUGCCACACAAGUAUCAACACAUAUUCUCUGUUAUGGUUCGUCACGAAUUAAUGGACAUGCUUCAGUUAAAGGAAGAAAAGAAAACUUCCAUCAGCCUCACAGUCUCUUUUUAUAUUAAUAUGCUGAAAGCAAAAAUGGACCAGAAUGAUUUGCCAGAAGACUUCGACAGCUUCCUGAAGAAGGCCUACAGACAGUUAUGUCAUUACAAUCACCAGCGCUUUCCUUCAGUCAGAGAAGAAAAAGUGCUCUUGCUUUUUGAAUUAGCUCGUCUUUCUUUGUCCUUGAAAUGUGUGGGGAUUGCUUCUGACUGCCUCUCAGACCUGAAGACAAUCGAAAGCACGGAUCUGGGGAAGCUGAUUGAAAUCGAAUGUCUGGAGUGUGAAUUAGAAGCUCUAAGACUCGAAAAUAAAAUUACACUCUAUAUCCGAGCAGCUGUUGAGAGCCAGCUGAACGUCAUAAACAGACUUGACGUCACCCUGCAGCGAGCCCUGCGCCUGGGCGACCCCCGCGUCCUCCACGUGGUGUGCGCCACGCAGUGGAACGUCUGCCUACCCCUGCUGCAGCACAACCUGCGUCGCCACUUGCGGAAGCCCCUGACCAACAUCGCGGAGGUCCUGGAGAAGAUGGACAGCCUCAUGACCCUGCUCCGCUGCCAAGUGCACAUGGAGAUGGCACACAUCGAGGAGGACGAGGACCGGCUGGAGCCCGCCAUGGAGCACCUGCGGAAGGCCGCGUGCCUCGACAGCCUGGGCCUCUACCAGGACAAGCUCCAGAUGGCCUCUAAUCGGUUACGCCUGUGCACCAUGCUCUACCAGGUCCCUGAGCGUGCCGAGGACAAGGCCACCAUGGCCAUCGAGCAGGCCAAAAAAGCGACCCCAAAAGACAGCGUCAGGAAGAAGCGAGCCCUUCUGGUGAAUGCGGGCCUGGCCUUGGCCCCCGACACGUUUCAGAUCGUGCUGGACAGCGAGAAUGAGACCAAAGUUUCCACUGGGAAAAACCGGGGCCGCUUCGCCUUUCUCUCCGCAAAGGCUCGGCAUUACACCAUCAGUGUGGACAAAGCCGCCGGGCACCUGCAGCGCUUGGGUCACGAAAAUGGCCAGGAGAGGAUACAAAUCUGGGCAGAGUUAGCCAAAGUCGCCCGGAAGCAAGGCGUGUGGGACGUCUGCCGGACAGCUAGUCGCUUCUGCCUGCUGUAUGACAACAUCAGGGUGAAGAAGUCGGCGAGGCUCAGGAGAGGAAAGAAGAGGAGAGGUAGAAACAGUUCACUGCAGGACGAAUGGGGCCAGUCCGAGGCCGCCUUACAGUGGCAGGCUUCUCCUGACCUCCUGCGGAAGUUUGCGGAGGUGGGGUUCAUCAGCGCUGAGGCCACUGUCCACCUACUGCGGUCAGAAGGUGUAGAGCUGAAUGACCCGGCCGUCCCCCCCGAGGACUUGAGCCACCACCCGGCCGGCUAUGUGUCUGAGCCGCCAGAGGUGAACCCAGAGUGGAUCACAUACAGAACCUGGAUAGAGAGCCUGUCUCAGUGCACCAUGAGCCACUGGCUGCGCUCUGCAGAGAUCGGACAGGAGAUCCAGGAAGCCUGGAUUGUGCAGAAUGCCGUGGUCUAUGUCCUGAAUCACAACCACCACCUCAUCCUGGCCGGACGGCAGAAGGAGCUGGUAGACACCUUGCUCCGCCUCCUGGACAUUGUCAAGGCCACAGGCCACAGCGGGGACCCCGUGAUAUUGGUAACACUCUGCAAUACCUUGGCUCGAGGCUUGAUCAUCAACUGGAUUCAAGCCCAGGCAACUGAAAAGUCGAGAAGAUUUGUGAGACCAAAUAUGUUUCACUCCCCAUUGGAUUCCGGGGCAGCCUCUGAGAUCAAAACAGCGGUGGAGGUCUGCGAGUUUGCCCUGAACCUGACCAACGGGAAUAUGCCCGAGGAGGUGGUCCCCACCCAAGGGCGGCAGCAGCUCAUUGCCACCUGGGUGAAGGCCAAGCAGCUGAUGCAGCAGCAGAUCGGGCCGCAGCUGGGCACAGAUGAGCAGGACACCAACGAGGACAUCAGCUCGGUGACCAGGGUCCUUGUUGCUCUGGAAAUGUACUCGUGCAAUGGGCUGGGGCUCAUGGACUUCACCGUUCCCUCCCUGGCCCAGCUGGUGAACAUGGCUUCCGAGUGCAACUGGUCGGACCCCCUGGUGGAGCUGCAAACCCUGACGCGGCUGACCCACUUUGCCUACGCUGCCCGUGACCACGGGAUCACCAUGGACUGCUCGUACAAGGCCAUCGAGAUGGGCAUUAGGUACCUGAGGAUAUUUGGCCCGGUUGAGGCCCAGCUGGUGGCAGAGAUGCUGUGCACUGCGGCCUGCAUCCAGGGCAGGAGCAUCCUGGAGAACCUGAAGGGCAGGAAGCAGCUGCGGCUGGCGGCCGCCAAAGCCUUCAUGGAGAGUGCCAGAUUCGGUGGCAUCGCAGGCAGCAGUGCCCUGGUGAUGCUGGCGGCGCGGCACUCCUGGAACGCCUGGCUCCCCCUCUUGUCCUCUGCCGCCUACAGGAAGCAGGCUGCGGGGGCCGUGCAGAGGCUCAUCAGCACCAUCAACAGGACCGAGGCCAGAAAGCAGGAAAAAGGGAAAACACAGCUUCUGCACCAGUGGCCCACAGCCGACUUCCAAGGUGGCGGAACUGCUGAUGGCAGUUUUCUUCCAG